AUUCAACUCUGCAAAGACUCGGUCAUUGAUGCUAUCACUUAUACCAAGGAUUUAGACAUGUAUUUCUUCACGAGUCACGGCUAUUACUGGUAUAUCGCCGGCGGAACCUUCCCUCCUGGAGAAAGCUGUUCAUCUGCCAAGACAUCAGAUUCAUUGAUCCACACGAACGAGAAAGUGAUUUGGGUGUCAGAGGUGGUCACCGGUAAGCAUAUGUUUAUGGGUUAUGACGUGACGGCUGGGCGCUGGAAAGGCCCGGCUCAGUCUUACGAGUCCGACAAGUGCUUCCAACAGGCGACUCCGAUGUUUGUUGACUCCGACCCAUUGGACGCCAUGUUUUCGGUCGAACCGCUGAAGAUUUAUUUAUACGCCUACAUUAGUAUGUCGUCGACGAUCACGAGCUCUGCCGUCGGUUUGCGGACAACACAACAAAAACAGGACCGAAAUAUCGCCAAAAGAUGCGGUUUUAUUGUGGCCACAGAUUGCUUGUGUUGGAUGCCUAUUGUGGUGAUCAAAGUGCUGGCACUGGCGGGUGUUCCCAUCAAUGACUCACUUUACGCAGUGAUCGCCAUAUUCUUACUGCCCGUCAAUUCUGCUUUAAACCCAGUGCUCUACACACUGACCACAAAGCUAUUCAAACAACACUUCUCCAAAAUAAUGACAUACAGUCUGCGUCUACACCGCAACGGAUCCACAGGAACGGGAGGUGACCAGCAUUCGGGUACUUCUUAUUCUACGAUUAUAACGCAUUCACGGAAUACCUGCAAACGGUCAGUGCUGACCAUCUGUUCAGAAAUUACCAGUGAUUUGCGAAACACUUUUAAUGGUAUACCUCUUGUGGUGACAGACAGACACGGAAGCCGUACAGACGGACAGAGCGCGAAGUACUACGACUCCGAACCGCCAGACAUUUGCUUUGAUGCCAAUCAAGACAAUGAGUUCUUCGGAUUCCGAUCCACACAAACAGACCGACAGUUUCCUAUGAGUCCGAUGGCCAGCGCCCGACCCCUGAGCCGACACACGAGUCUUCAUAUCUCUGACUAUGGGAUCAGAAAACAGAAGACUUAUAGGAGAGACCGACAGACGACCGCUAAACACAUCAACGAAACUCAUUUGGAUCACAGAAUUCAUGAUAAAAUCGCCGGUCUAUACAUAGACGAGUCCAACAGAAUCCGUAUAAUAGAUCCGGAAUUGUCUGAUAAGACCAUUGAGUUGAAGAAUGAAAGCACAGAAUUCACUGAAAAGACACAACAGUUCCAGAAAAUUGUCGAUAAUUUUGUGACAAUAAUUCAAGAUUUGGCUCAAAGAGUGGAAAAGGAGAAAAUUAAAGCAGUUGGCUCCAGAAAUCUGUUGAAGUCGUUUGAAAAGAGACAUAAUUCUGAUGUCCAACAGUUGCAGACAUUAAUUAAAGAGAAGAAACAAGAGUUGGAAAGACUUAGAGUACAAAUGGAUUCACUAAAGCGCGAAGAAGCAGAACAAUUGGAUCUAAUCGAGCAGAUUAUGGUUCAGAAAUGA